UCGCUGCCGCCCGCGUCCCCGGCGCCGCCGCCGCCGCCAGCGGGCCCCCUCCCCUUCCUCCGCGGCCUCUUCCCCUGUCCGCGCCGGGGCCGCUUGUUGCACCUCCUCGCGGCCUGUGGGAGCGCUCGGCCCGGCCUCGGCCACCCCGUUCCUCCGAUCCCCGGAGCCCGCCCCGCAGCCCGGCCGGCGAGACCCCGGCCCGACCCCGCCGCCCGCACAAAAUGUCGGCCCGGACGCCAUUGCCGACGGUGAACGAGCGGGACACGGAGAAUCAUACAUCUGUGGAUGGAUAUACUGAACCACAUAUCCCGUCUACCAAAUCGAGUAGCAGACAGAACAUCCCUCGGUGUAGAAACUCCAUUACAUCAGCGACGGAUGAACAGCCGCACAUUGGAAAUUAUCGUUUACAAAAAACAAUAGGGAAAGGAAAUUUUGCCAAAGUGAAAUUGGCAAGACAUGUUCUAACUGGUAGAGAGGUUGCUGUGAAAAUAAUAGAUAAAACUCAGCUAAAUCCCACCAGUCUACAAAAGUUGUUUCGAGAAGUACGAAUAAUGAAGAUACUGAAUCAUCCUAACAUAGUAAAAUUGUUUGAAGUUAUUGAAACAGAGAAGACCCUCUAUUUAGUCAUGGAAUACGCAAGUGGGGGUGAAGUAUUUGAUUACUUAGUUGCCCAUGGAAGAAUGAAAGAAAAAGAGGCCCGUGCAAAAUUUAGGCAGAUUGUAUCUGCUGUACAGUAUUGCCAUCAAAAGUGCAUUGUUCACCGUGAUCUUAAGGCUGAAAACCUUCUCCUUGAUGCUGAUAUGAAUAUUAAAAUUGCUGACUUUGGUUUUAGUAAUGAAUUUACAGUCGGGAACAAAUUGGACACAUUUUGUGGAAGCCCCCCCUACGCUGCUCCUGAGCUUUUCCAAGGAAAGAAGUACGAUGGGCCCGAAGUGGACGUGUGGAGUCUGGGCGUCAUUCUGUACACGUUAGUCAGUGGCUCCCUGCCGUUCGAUGGCCAGAAUUUAAAGGAACUGCGGGAGCGAGUCCUACGAGGGAAGUAUCGUAUUCCCUUCUAUAUGUCCACCGACUGUGAAAAUCUGCUGAAGAAAUUAUUAGUGCUGAAUCCGAUUAAGAGAGGCAGCUUGGAACAAAUAAUGAAAGAUCGGUGGAUGAAUGUUGGUCAUGAAGAAGAAGAACUAAAGCCAUAUACUGAGCCUGAGCCAGAUUUCAAUGACACGAAAAGAAUAGACGUCAUGGUCACCAUGGGUUUUGCACGAGAUGAGAUAAAUGACGCCUUAAUAAAUCAGAAAUACGAUGAAGUUAUGGCUACUUAUAUUCUUCUAGGUAGAAAACCACCUGAAUUUGAAGGCGGUGAGUCAUUAUCCAGCGGAAACUUGAGUCAGAGGUCACGGCCCAGUAGUGACUUAAACAACAGCACUCUCCAGUCCCCUGCUCACCUGAAGGUCCAGCGAAGCAUCUCAGCAAAUCAGAAGCAGCGGCGUUUUAGUGAUCAUGCUGGCCCAUCCAUUCCCCCUGCCGUAUCGUAUACGAAAAGGCCUCAGGCUAACAGCGUGGAAAGUGAACAGAAAGAGGAGUGGGACAAAGAUGUCACAGCUCGGAAACUUGGCAGCACAACAGUUGGCUCAAAAAGCGAGAUGACUGCCAGCCCUCUUGUAGGGCCAGAAAGGAAAAAGUCUUCAACUAUCCCAAGUAACAAUGUGUACGCUGGAGGUAGCAUGGCAAGAAGGAAUACGUAUGUCUGUGAACGGACCACAGAUCGGUACACGGCGCUGCAGAAUGGAAAGGACAGCAGCCUUACGGAGAUGUCCGCCAGUAGCUUAUCUUCUGCUGGAUCUGCUGUGGCUCCUGCUGUCCCUUCAGCGCGACCCCGCCACCAGAAGUCCCUGUCUGCUUCUGGCCACCCUAUAAAAGUUACACUGCCAACCAUUAAAGACAGCUCUGAAGCUUACCGACCCGGUACAACCCAGAGAGUGCCUGCUGCUUCCCCAUCUGCUCACAGUAUUAGUGCCACCACUCCAGACCGGACCCGUUUCCCCCGGGGGAGUUCAAGCCGAAGCACUUUCCAUGGUGAACAGCUCCGGGAGCGACGCAGCGCGGCUUACAACGGGCCACCCGCGUCACCGUCCCAUGAAACAGGUGCAUUUGCACAUGCCAGACGGGGAACGUCAACUGGUAUCAUAAGCAAAAUUACAUCCAGAUUCGUCCGCAGAAGUACAUCCGGGGAACCAAAAGAAAGAGAUAAGGAAGAGAGUAGAGACUCCAAACCCCGUUCUCUGCGGUUCACCUGGAGUAUGAAGACCACUAGUUCCAUGGACCCCAAUGACAUGAUGAGAGAAAUCCGGAAAGUAUUAGAUGCGAAUAACUGUGAUUAUGAACAGAAAGAGAGGUUUUUGCUUUUCUGUGUCCACGGAGAUGCCAGACAGGACAGCCUGGUGCAGUGGGAGAUGGAAGUCUGCAAGUUGCCGCGGCUGUCACUCAAUGGGGUCCGCUUCAAGCGAAUAUCUGGAACGUCUAUUGCCUUUAAGAACAUUGCAUCUAAAAUAGCAAAUGAGCUUAAACUGUAAAGAAACUCAAAUUUACAGGAUCAGGGAAGAUAUAACCAUAGUAUGGGGUACAGUUUUUGAAUGUACUGGUAAUGCCUAAUGUGAUUGGCCUGUGAAUCUCCCCAUGUAGAAUUUGCCCUUAAUGCAAUAAGGUUAUACAUAGUUAUGAACUGUAAAAUUAAAGUCAGUGUGAACUAUAAUAAAUAUCUGUAGCUAAAAAAGUAGGUUCACAUGUACAGGUAAGUAUAUUGUGUAUUUCUGUUCAUUUCCGAGUUGUAUAAUAAAACAGAUGAUUGCUCAAAAACUUGUAUAGUUGUCUAGAUUUCUGCACAUAAAUGUACGUUUGAGUCUUUGAGUUGAAAAUAUUCUUCCCUGUUAUUUACGUUCUGGUGGGUUUUUUAAGUUCUUACCUCCAUCCUGCAAUUUUGAAAACUGUGUCCAGAAUUAAAAGUGCACAGAAAUAGUCUUUAUGAUCGUAGCAUGGACUUUUACAAGUUAUUUGAAAGUCAUAUUUAAAUUUAAAGCAGAAGCUGAUCCAUAGAUCAGCUUUAUUAUACACAGAAUUUUACCUGCUUAUCUUUGCUCUUACCCUGGUUACCAGAGAAGGUUUAGUUGAGAAGAUACACAAUGUUUACAGUGUUGGCACUUAGAGUUUUUAAAAUAAAGUCCAGGAAAAUAAAUAAUAGCUUUGCCUUGAGCUUCCUAAGAAAUCCUGGGGGAAAGUAAAACCUACACCAAAUUUCUUU